GGGAAGCCUUCGAGAUGGAUUCAGUCAUCACGAACUUUGAAAUUCAGAUCUUCUGCCUUUCAAUAUAACCAAGACAACUAACGGAUACCCAACUCUUACCAGUCAUAACGUUCGGUUGCGAUUCUUUAGUUAGAUCGUUUGAAACGCCUAAUACCGUAUCCCCACUGGCAAAAAUUUUAUAUAGAACGACGGACAAGCUCGUUGAACACACAUAAGACGGGUGGAAGUGGGAGGUGGAAGCCAUAUAUACUACAUUAAUGGAAAUAAGAUAUAAUCAAGAGAAGAUGAAGGAGGCAGUGAAGCAAGAAAUUAAUGAACUCCCCAGAGAAUUACACGUAGCGAACCCGGCUUCAUUCAGGAGAUCACUUGAGCAGGCAGAGAUUGACGACAGGACCAUCUGCUACGGAUAUUCUCAGAAUGAAUUCAAGGCAAGGUUCUCACAGACUCUUGCUCGUGAACAACUCCAACAAAUCAAGCAAACCGGAUCCAUCACAGAAUACAUCGCGGCGUUCCGCUUGAUCAUGAAAGAGCUACCGAGCAUGUGGCCUUCGUACGACACUAGGCUUCGUGUGAUGUAUGAGGAUCCAAAUACCUUGGAGGAAGCGUAUCGCUAUGCCGAAUUUGUCGACAUGGUACAUAUGAUUGCUAGAGGACCAGACCUUCCGGUAGCCCCCCAUGGAAACGGAGAGGACUUCCAAGCCAACGGAAACUUCCUAACUGAACAAGUUACUCCCAUGGACAUGAAUUUAAAAGAAAAAAUACGCAAAGACGAGGUCAACAACUUCAUGCAGUGGAGCAGCUUCUUGCCGCGAAGGAACAGGAAGACCGAAUUGAAGCAGAUUGUGUGUCAAUACUGCCACAAACCUGGUCACAUUAAAGGGAAGUGUCGCGUUAGAAAAGCCGACAUUGCAAAGCUCGAUCAAGCACAGCAACAGAAGUAA